AGACUACGGUUCUGAAGAGGUGAGGUUCCUGCAGCCCAGCUGGCCUAUGAGUCGUUCUGGAACAUGCAGAGCUGCCCGGAUAAGGGUGGUUGCUAAAGAUUUUGUUUUUCAUUUUAUAAUGUAUAUGAAAGAGAGGGAAGAGAGGGUGAAAAUUAAACAGGUGAAAAUUAGAAACCGAAAAGCAAAGCUGUAAAAUAGGUGCAUAGAAUAUGUACGGGUUAAAACAGGGGUCAACAAACUCCUAUGCCCCACAAAUAACCCAGAGAUGCAUUUUGAAUAAAAACACACAUUCUACUCAUGUGAAAACACACUGAUUCCCGGACCGUCCGUGGGCCGGAUUGAGAAGGCAGUUGGGCUGGAUCCAGCCCCUGGGCCUUAGUUUGCCUACAGAUGGGUUAAAAUAACAAAGUCCAAGUAAGGGAAUAUCAGCCUUAUCUAAUUAUCAGGUAUCAGUCCAGAUUUGUAAGAUUUGGGACUGUUUCCCAUCGACUCGCAAAGACUAUCUGAGCUGCCAAUAUCAUACAGAAGAAUGGUUCUUUUGACAAUAUGUCUACAUUGGUGUCAUCGAAAACAUUCGGUAACAUUCAUCUUGGGCAAAGUUUUCUUAUUAUUUCCGUCAAAAUGAAAUCCCAAAACGUCUUGUACCGGUUUAUGUUCCCCAAUUCAAUUCACCAAUUUACAAUUAGGUGAUGCAGAAGGAAACAUAUUUGGGCCAUUUGCAAAGGAGUGCAAUACCAGGAUAAAGGUUGCGACCUUCUGGGUUCUGUUUCGUAACCGGCCCUAAGAGGCGCCUGGCUUUAAAAACAGAAAUCUCCAGCUGUCUGCUACCAAAGGCACCAUCUGGCGGCCAGAGUGGGGGGCAGGUGAAUCCCGAGUGGGAGUCCCUGCAAAGGCCGCCUCUGACACAGGCGAGGAUUAGGGGUCUUUAAACCCCAUAUUUAGCGCUGGAUGAAGAGAUUACGAGCCGCUGGGCUAAUGCCGAAGCCGAGAGCCAAUUGGGAACGGCUUUCCCGGAGGGUGGGGACAGAUGGGUGCAGGGCGGGGGGGGGGGGAAGCUGCGGGAGUGACCCAGAGACGAUGCUGGAAGCGGCCGGGAGCAGAGCAGGAACAUUAGGGGUGAACAGCUGGUGCUAUUUUCGGAAGAGGGGGUGAUGUGUGGACCGUCUAAAGAGGAAGGACUUUAGCGAAGACCACCUGGGCUGCCACGGUGGUCCCAUGGGCAAACCACCAUCAGCAACUGAGGCUUCAAUGCUGUAGCGACUCUCCUCGGCUAACGUGCAGCACCCAUCGCACAACGGGCGUCAAAAGCUCAGGGACCGCCAGACGCCAAAUUGUGCAGCCUUCCAGAAGAGGGUAGGAGCUGCGAGCCACCGGCGACCGAGAGCGGGUGGUCGCCAGUGACAAGAGAGAUCCCUAGUGCGUCUUUCAAGAUGUCGGUCUGAGUCGUCCCUCAAAGAGAGCACUCAAAACCUAGUUGGGACUUGUGGUUGCCUCUGCAAGGAGCAGAUGUUGGACUAGAUGGGCCCUUGGCCUGACCCAAAAGGCUCUCCCGUUCUUCUGCUCUUCAAGGACAGCAGCAACACAGGAUCCCCAGGGGAGGCCACAGCCCCCUUGACAUUUCGGGGAACACGUUGCACUUUAUGGCCAAGCUCCUGAGCAUGGCCACCUUCGUGAGGCUCCUGGUGGUCGAAGCCGAGAGAAGGGUCUCGCUGUUCUUCAAAGCGGAGGAGGCCCAGGAAGUCCCCAGUUUUUUCUUGGACAAACCCCAGACGGAGAAACUCCUGGAGGAAGGAGAGGUGGGCGGCUUGAGGUACGGCCUGGGCUCCAUGCAAGGCUGGCGGGCGCACAUGGAAGACGCCCACACCGCUCAGCCCCAGCUGCCUGGAGCCCUGGCCGGCUGGGCCUUCUUUGCCGUGUACGACGGGCACGCCGGCAGCACGGUGGCUCAGUUCUGCGCCAGGCACUUGCUCGGGCACGUGCUGGAGGCCGAGGCCCUGUCCGGCCAGGAGGAGGACCCCACAGCCGUCAAGGAGGCCGUGCGUGAGGCCUUCCUGGCCAUCGACAGGCGCAUGCAGGACCUGUCGCGGGCCGAGGCCUGGGAGCAUGCCGGCACCACUGCAGUGGCCGUGCUGGUGUCGCCCCGGCACCUGUACUUCAUCAACCUGGGCGACUCGAGGGCCCUCCUCUGCCGCUCGGCCGCUGUCACCUUCUACACCGACGACCACAAGCCCACCAAGCCGAGGGAGCGGCGGCGCAUCGAGAACGCCGGCGGCACAGUGGUGCUGCAGAGGGUCAACGGGUCACUGGCCGUCUCCCGGGCCCUGGGCGACUUCGGCUACAAGGCGGUGUCUUGGCGUGGCCCCACCGAGCAGCCGGUGUCCCCUGAGCCCGAGGUGUACCAGCUGGAGCGCUGCCCUGACGAAGACGAGUUCCUGGUGCUGGCCUGCGACGGGGUUUGGGACACCUUUGACAACGCGGGGCUGUGCGCCUUCGUGCGCUCGCGACUCUGCCUCACCGGCAGCCCGCGGGACGUCUGCGAGUGCGUGCUGGACUCCUGCCUCUACAAGGGCAGCCGUGACAACAUGACCUGCAUCGUGGUCUGCUUCCCAGCUGCCCCGGCCGUCUCCCAGGAGGCCUUGCAGAAGGAACAGGAGCUGGACGCUUCUCUGGAGAAGAGAGUGGCAGAACUUUACGAUGAAUUACUGGAACAGGAAGGGGGUCCCAACCUCGUCUCCGUCUUCCAACGUCUGGCUACAGAGGCGAACCCUAACCUUCCCCCUGGGGGAGGCCUGGCUAGCAAGCCCCCAGUGCGAAUGCUGCCUCGGAUUGAACGCUCUGCUGUGCAGGUUGGACCACGGAUGCCAAGACAUCAUUUUUGCGAAAGAAAGCAGGCUGGGGAAGCAAAUCUGACCAGGAUUUCUGGGCAAACUUAGGAAGCUGGAUGGCAAUGGAUGGGGUGGGGCGAGUCGGAUUGGGGCCACAACAGCCCCCUUUCCCCACCGCCCCCAGGGUGGAAAACACCAUCUGGACUGAGCAGAACAGCUGUCACUCAAGGCAAAGGCAGUCCAUGUUAGAACAGAUCAUGUGUUUUGUUUCUUGCCUGGACAUAAUUUGUGCUUCUUUUUUGAAUUUGCAUUUUAUUUAUUUGUUAACAUUCUUAUAUUACAUCGGUAAACGUUGUCAUAUUACGUUACAGGACUUACUAUAAUUUCCAACAUGUAUACAAAAAUUAUAUACAAAUUUUAUAUACCUAGAAAGAAA